AUGGUCGUCGAGGGUCUGAUAAAUGAACACGGUGUGAGAUUGGAUAGAUACCUGCCUGACCGCAUGGCUCCACUAAAGCUUUGUUAUAUUCUUUUGGGGAUGCUAUUUCUUGCGAUUUCCCCGAUUUUCGGAGAAACUGCUGAAGAUUGCCUCGACUCAUGCUCAGUGCUGAAAAGUGGAAUUUGCCCGGAUUCGAACUACGAAACUUGUCCGGAACUGGUGGUGGAGUGUUUCGCGCGUUGCUACAAGUUGAAAAAAGAAGAGUGCUUUGACGAAUGCUCCAGAAAGCCGUGGUAUUGGCGACCAAUAUGUUCUCUUGGAUGCGUAUGGGAUUGA